UGGCUGUGUGGUCACAAGGGCCGGGUUCUGUGAGCCGGGGCUCCGUGGCCCUGGCCAGUCAGUGCCGGGGGCCUCACCAUGAGCCACGCAGAGCUCAUCGGGUCUACAAACCUCAUCAUUCUGCUGGAGGAUGAGACUUUUGCCGAUUUUUUCAACACAUUCCUUUCCCUGCCGGUCUUUGGGCAGACGCCAUUCUAUACUGUGGAGAAUUCACAGUGGAGCCUGUGGCCAGACAUACCUUACGACUUGAUUGCCAAGUACAAAGGACUGUUGACCUGGUUGGAGAAAUACCGGUUACCUUUCUUCUGUAAAACAAACUUGUGCUUCCACUACAUUCUCUGCCAGGAGCUCAUCAAUUUCAUCAAAUCCGCAGAAGGAGCCAAGAUGAUGAGGUGGAAGACGGCAGACCAGUGGCUGCUCCAGAAGUGCGCUGGUGGGGUCCGGGGCAUGUGGCGCUUCUGCUCCUACCUCAAGGGCAGUGCAGGGGAGGAGCUGGUGGAUUUCUGGAUCCUUGCUGAGAAGAUCCUAAGCCUGGAUGAGACAGACCCGGAGGUGGAGGACCACUACCUGUCCCUUCUGCUGGCGCUGAAGGCCACCCACCUGCAGGAGGGCUCCCGCGUGCUGACGCUCUGCAACGUGAACAUCAAGUCCCUGUUGAACCUGUCCAUCUGGCAUCCCCACCAGUCGACCACGCGGAGGGAGACCCUCGGCCACAUGCAGAAGGUGGCGCUCUUCAAGCUGCAGAGCUACUGGCUCCCCAACUUCUACACGCACGCCAAGGCGGCGCUGGCGCGCGAGGAGGCCUGCCGCGGCCUGCUGCAGGAGUACGAGGGCCGCCUGGGCAGCGUGGGCUGCGCGCGCGCCGGCGGGCUCCCUCUGAACAUGAGCAUCCGGAAGGGCUUCCCCUCGCAGAGGCGCUACUCCAGCAGGGCGUCCAAGAGGAAGCUGUGGCUGCAGCUGGACCCCAGCGCCCAGUCCCUGGAGAUGGAGCCCCGGCCGGACGCGGGCGAGGCGCGGCCGCCGGCGACGCUGGGUCUGCACGCGCCGCCCUCCGCAGAGGUGGUCUCGGAGCAGACGGCCGCCCGGUCCCGGGAGAAGGACCUCGCGCCUGCCCGGAAGCCCAGCGCGAAGAAGAAGGCCGCGGGCCACCUGCGCAUGGAGGGCCUCUUUGAGACCAAGUUCUCCACGCACCUGCGCACCGCCACCCCCAUCAUCAGCCACCCCUCCCAGGUGACCGUCAGGGGAGCGUCCAGGCAGAGCCUGCCCUGCGCCUACACCCACUGGGCCCUGUGUGCCGACGCCUGUGCCGGGGGGCCCUUCCGGGACUACCUGAGGAAGAUGAGGCUGACGGUGGAGGCCCAGCUCCUGGGCCUGUGGCAGGACCUGCACCACUUCCUCAGCGUCCUGAUGAGCAACAGGGCGACCGGCAGGGCCGCCUUCCGCCACGUGCUGAGCGACCGGAUCUGCGAGCUCUACCUGAGCGAGCAGAGCCGCCCGCGCCUGCCGCUCAGGCCGCAGACCCUGCGGGGCCUGAGGGAGCUGCUGCCCUCCGGAGACGUGAACCCCUGGAUUCCCAAGGCCCAGAAGGAGAUCUGCAAGGCCCUCAGCCCCUGGUAUGACGAGUUCCUACACGAGGAUGACUACUGGUUCCUCAACUUCACGACUCAGAGCAGGUUGGUCAAGACCCGGUGGCGUAAAAGAGCGGCCAUGAGCAUGGAAGAGAGCACCUUCCUGUACAAGAGGACCCAGGAAGCCCUGGUGCUGAGCCAGGCGCUGGCCAACCUGGAGGAGAUGGACGCGGCGCAGUGGCGGCGGCUGGCGGCCGAGGACCUGCGGCAAGGCGGCUCUCUGCAGCUGGAAGUCAGGGCGCCGGUGUUCCUGGCAGACUUCAGCAAAAUGAGCUUCCAGGAGCUCUGCUUGAAGAACCCGAAGGCAGCCAUUGAGAAGAUGAGUGAUGACUACAAAGCCUACUGUGAACUGGCGCCCCCUGCAGAUUUCCCGAUGGAGAUCAUCAGGGAGCCAAGGAAAGCGCACGCCCCCAGGAAGAUGUCCUUCAAGAAGGCCGGCAUCAGGAAGCCGUCCAUGCGACCCAGAAACCUGACGGAGAUCCUGCUGAGCACCCAGCACCUGGAGUUCUUCAGGGAGUUCCUGCGGGACCGCAAGGCCGAGAGCCCGCUGCAGUUCCUGGUCGCCGUGCAGAAGCUCAGCUCGGAGACCAACGAGAAGCUCUACAAGUCCGCCCUGGACAGCAUCGUCAAGACCUUCUUCCACAGCAAGCUGCCGCCCGAGGAGGUGCUACAGUGCAGUGCCCCGAUCGUCAAAGAAGUUGCCCACAUGCGCCACAUCAGCACCACCACGCUGCUCAUGCUGCAGGGCUACAUCAUGAAGUCCCUGGAAGAGAAGUGGCUGAAAGAUUACCAGGAGCUGUUCCCGCCCCGGCCCCAGGAGGUGGACCCUGAGCUGCCAGCCGCGCCCAGGAAGCCCUCCAAGACCACGGCGGCCGCGGCGACCACAGCUUACUUCCAGGAUUCCCAGGUCAGUGAGGAGAGCACAGGACUUCCCCACUGGUCCUGGCCCCAGCUGCGCUCUGCUGGGCCUUCAGUCCCCAUUGGACAAAGGAGGGCUCUCAACUCAGGAACUCCAACCUCAAGAACCAAAGAAGCCCCUCCCCCACCCCCAGCACACCCCAUGA